AUGAAGUAUGUUGCUCCAGCAGAUUGGUAUUGUCAACAACCCCUACAAUUUCGCUCAUCAAAAAGUAUAUGUAAUAAUGGAUAUGAUGAUUUUAUUGAAGGAAUAGUCAUAUUAUUAGCUGCAUCUCAACGUUUAAAUGAUUCACUUCAUGCUUAUAAACAAGCUCAUGUUUGUAUAAUAACUGUUGCUGAUCCUAUUAGUCGAUCAGAAUAUAUACAAGAACAUAAAUUAUCAGUAUAUUCACUCAAUGCUGUUGUAUCGAUUAGUAUACAAACCAAUCAUAUUAUUGAAUCUAUUAAAAUAUGUACAUUAGGUUAUGGAAAAGUAAAAUUAGUAUUAAAAUAUAAUUGA